UCUUUCUGUGUUUAACCGCAUCCAGUGUUCCUCUUUCAUUCUGACCACAACGUCUGUUUAAAACAGCUGCUGCUCAAGCGCACACUCAGAGUCGUCGGCAGGCUGUAACACUGUUCCUUAUCUCUGAACUUUGAACAAAGAAUACAGUAGAGCUGUCUUGCAUAAGUUAAGGUUCGUUACAGUAUUUACAAAGCUAUACAGACAAACUACGCAGAUAAUUUCUCCUGCCUGAAGCACUGAUGGCUGCGAUGUUUGGAAGCGUGUGCGUCAUGGUGACUCUCCUCAUGUGUGUUCUUGGAGGCCAAGCGCUGGACCUGCUGAGGGUGACUGCAACAUCAGGGACUCCUCCCUCCACUCCCAGAGUGCAUUGCUGGUGUUCAAGCUACCCAAACGUGACUCUUUGCUCCUGGCCCGAACCCUCUACCUCCCCUCCGACACACUACAUUGCCACCUACAGUGAGCGACACAGACUGCUGGACACCAAGCAGUGCCAACUUAUCCAACCCGGCUCUUCAUCCUCUGAUCUGACUUCAACAUUGUCAUCCUCGUCUGAACGGUUGUGGCACUGCCAACUGCCCAACCUGCGGCUCCUCACUGACUACAUCUUCAACGUCACAGCAGUUUAUUCUGGUGGAAGCAGCUCCCAUCUAUCAAGCUUCAUGCUGGAGGAUAUAGUGAAACCAGAUCCUCCCGUAAAUGUCCGGGUUUCCCCUCAGGACGUCAGAAACCUGCUGGUGCAGUGGUCUCCUCCCCCUUCUUGGGCUAACCUAAACAUCUUCCCCCUAAAAUACCAGAUACUAUAUCGAUGGGAAAACAGGGGCAACCCGAAGUCUGUCAAUGAAGAAGAGCAGGCAGCAGCUCCAGAGACGGACCCCCAGUCAGCAGUUGCAGCAACCCAAAUCCAGCCAACACAAACCCCAGAACUGAGGGACCUGACAGCCACGACUCCCAGCCAGAUCAGCAAACUUUCUGUUGCUGCCGUUACACAGCUGGGUCCGUUUGAGAGCACCAAGGUUGAGCUGAAGGGCCUGACCCCAGGAAGGACCUACGUGUUCCAGGUGUGUGCGAAGGAGCUGCUGGGUCUGGGCGAGUGCAGCGACUGGAGCUCACCUGUAAAAAUCACCAUACCACGAAGAAAACUGUAGAGACUCUCCCUCUCACUACCUGUUUUAUUUAUUCAUGUCCUGUCAAGCUAGCAGUGAUGUAACUGCAAACAGGUCGCAUCUUUUAACUGCACAAGAAAUGCAAGCAACAGUUAUUGAUAUUUAUUUUAUUUAUAAAGAAGUAAAUGGACGUUAUCUGUACAGUGUAGUGAACAUUUCCAUUGACAUUGUAAUUUAUUAUUUUGUAAAACUGAUGGUGGAGUUAUUUGUCUUUGGAGCAGCUGCUAAUAUAAGAUUCAUACUGUAAGACAUUUAUAAUAAUUAUUUAUCAGUGUCAGGUGGUCUGAUCAGUUUUUACAUGAUCAGUUUACGACCUGUUUUGACCCUCUUUAAGACACAUUUCACAUUCUGAAAUUAUUGUGUGGCAGCUCCACAUUUAUGUGAAAAACUGAAUAAAAACAAUGCAUUCA